AUGGAGACUGCGUUUGUGGGGGAGUGGUGCAAGCUGAUCCUGGUGCCAUGUCAGGGAAGUCUGCAUGUCAGUACAUACACAGCAGCCCAGUUUGAGGGGUACGUUCUACAGCCCUCAGAGCAGGGGUACCAGACCCUCGAUGGGAAGGAAGUCUCCAUCCAGGACAACCAGGUGACACUGGGAGCAGGAUUCCAGUGCACAGCCUCUGUGUCCAUCCUCUUUGAGGAGACCUUCUACAAUGAGAAGGAGAAGGCCUACAGCAUCCUGUGCAUUGCCCGGCCCCUGGAGGCCCACCAGAGGCCAGACACGAGUGCUGUCCAGACACAGGCACAGUACUGUUUGAAGAAUGUGGAAGACGUUAAGGAGUUUCUGGGUCGCCACGCGGAGAGGCUGGACAAGUUCAUUGCCAGCUUCGGCCACAGCUUCAAGGAACAGGAGAGGAAGGGACUACGCUACCACAUAGACUCGGUGAACGCGCUGUACACAAAAUGCCUUCAGUGCUUGUUGAGGGACUCACGUCUGAAAGUGCUCGCCAAACAGGAGCUCCAGAUGACCCUUCUGAAGCAAGCAGUGGAGAUGUACAUACAUCAUGGUAUCCAUGAGUUCAUCUUUAAUUAUGUGGGAAGUCUUGAAGCAAGUCAGGAUGCUGCGUUCAACAAAACUAUGCAAGGCCUGCAGGAUCUGCAGCAGAAAGACCUCGGUAUCAAAUCUGAGUUUAGUAUAAAUAUCCCACGAGCGAAGCGUGAGCUGAGUCAGCUCAACCGCUGCACCUCCCCUCUGCACAAACUCCUCUGCCUGAGGAAGGUGGCCCUCACCAUCAUGCAGUCCCCCAGCCCUACAGUAAGCCUAGAUGCCAUCUGUGCAGAUGAUCUUCUCUCGGUCAUCCUCUAUCUGCUGGUGAAAACAGAAAUCCCAAACUGGAUGGCCAAUCUGAGCUACAUCAAGAACUUCCACUUCUGUAACUCCACUAAGGAGGACCUGAGCUACUGCCUGACGUCGUUUGAGGCGGCCGUGGAGUACAUCAGCCAUGGCAACCUCAUCAGCCAGGGCCUCACGGAUGGAAAUAAUGAUUGAAAUAAAUAAUUGUUUGAAUGUUAAACCCCCCAGAACAUUAAAAUUGAUAAUAGUUGGGGGCCUUAAGCACAUAAAUAGGCCAUUCAUCUAAAUCAUCAAAUUUGGCACAGAUGUAGCUUAGGUCAUACUGAAAUGAUUUAGCAAGGGUGCCGGAGCCAGCGACCCAUGGGGCCAAGAUGGUGGCCAAAUCCAAUAUGGCCGCUGCUCGAAAAGGGUUCCGACUAAUAACUUUUGAAACACAUGAGCUACAAAUACAAACUUGAUGUCUUUUUCAGCUUAAUUGAUCAUGGGAAACAUAUAGGAAUGUUUAUAUUUAUGAGUCAGUAUAUCUGGACCCCUUAUUCCUCCAAUUCCAAUAUGGCCGCUGUCCAAAAAAGCAGGUUUGACUGUAGUACUGUAUGGGGCCUUACACCCCAUUGUUUUUUGCCAAUUUAUCCAAAAGCACAAAAUUUGGCACAGAUGCAGCUGAGGGCAUACUGAAAUUAUUUAGCCAGGGUGCCUGAGCCAGUGAUCCCUGAGACCAAGAUGGCUGCCAAAUCCAAUAUGGCGGCCAUCUGAAAAGGGAUUAGGCUGCAUAUUUUGAACCAGAUGAGAUACAAAUGUAAAGUUGAUAAAUAUUUCGCCUUUUCUGGCUAUGGGAAAUACAAAAAUAUUUAUAUUCAUGAUUGGGUAUAUGUGGACCCUCAAUGUCCCCAAGUCCAAUCUGGCUACUGUCUGACAAAGGGUUUUGACUACAACUUUUGAACCAAAUAAGCUACAGAUGAAAACGGACAGCAACAGUGAAAGAUGAAGAUGACCAGGAAGAAUAAAGAUGGAGGUGGAACUAGUGGACAGCUUCAAAUAUCUCGGAACGGUACUGGAUAACAAAUUGUGUUCCCAGACUAAUGCAGAGGCUAUAUAUAAGAAGGUCCAACAGUCCUAGAAGGUCCUCUACUUUUUAAGAAAAAUUAAUACAUUUAAUGUAUGCAGAAAAAUUAUGACACUGUUUUAUAAAUCUUUUAUUGAGUCAGUAGUACUGACUUUAUUGUAUUGUUUGGUAACCUUUACCUUGCGUGCAAAACAAGCUGGGUCAGCUUGUCAGUGUUGCUGGCAAGGUUAUAGGGGUGAAUCAGUCUCCACUCCGUGACUGAUUUGACCGUCAUGUCAUCAGGAAGGCUCUGGCCAUUUUGUACUGUGAUGACAUUCCCCUCUAUAGAGUUUGUGCGUAUACCUUUAGGUAGAAGGUGUCGAGUUCCCACACAUAGGACUAAACAUUACCAACUCUCUUUUGUAUGUACUCAGCCAUUAACAUGCUGAAUUUGUCCAAAUUAGGUCACCUUUUCAAUCUUCUACUUCUUUGCACACUGGACUUUUGGGCUGUUGCUUAUCCUGGCCUCACGAUGUAGUGAUCUUGUAUUUUAUUUAAUGUACUGGUCCAUGUCAAUUUGUGUUGUAAUACUGUCUCCAUAGUAAUUUAUUAUCUUGUGUGUUGUGUCGUUGGUUGUGUGUUUCUUGAUACCUGGCUGCAACUUAAUUUCCCCCUGUGGGAUAAUACAUUUGAC